AUGGUCAUCGGGUACAGAUACUUGCAACAAGUCGGAUUAUCGGAAUGCGCAUUUGCGGUUGACGUAGUUAUUAUAAGUGGGAGCAAACAAGAACUACAAGAGAGCCUCAUAGUAUGGAGAGACGAACUCCAAGCGGUGGGAAUGAAAAUAAAUAGCAGAAAAACUAAAGUGAUGGUGGCAAAUGAUCGGUACACACAAGAAGUACUAAACGUGAAGAUAGGAAGCGAUAUCAUAGAGCAAGUCCAAAACUUCGAGUAUCUAGGGGUGACAAUAGAAGAGGGCGGCAAGCAGAACAUGGAAGUUAACAAAAGGACCGAAAACACAUUGAAAAUGUACUACGCCUUAAAACACGUAUUCUUCAACAGGAGAGAAAUGUCAAGAGAAACGAAAACAAAAGUUUACAAAAGCAUAUGUAGACCAAUACUCACAUAUAUGGAAGUGAAGCUUGGGUUCUAA